UUGCCAAGAUCUACUGUGUCUAACAAAUAUGUCUGUUUGAUUGAUUGUAAUAUGUAAUGGAUAUUUAGCACAUUUUGUUGUAGAUUCUAUACUUUCAAGACUUUGUUACAUGUUAUGGUCAUUCUCACAUUUCCAAUGUACUGUGAUUAUGGUGUCAUUUUUGGACUCCUUAGUUUUUUACUUCCUCUGUCCGUUAGUUCCAGCACAAGUCAUGGAUGCCGUCAACCGGAGUGCUGUGCCAGGACAACUGCUUACACCAAAUUCCUGUAAGACAUGCACCAAAAUCUUUGACCUUGUGAAAGACCUGCUUUCGGAUGCUGAAGUGCAGGGCACGGCUAAGAGUGACAUGAACGGCGUGUGUGAGGCGCUGCUCAGUCCUGGACCGGUGAAACUCUGCAAGCAGAUAGUGGACAAACACCUCCCCAUGGGCUUCGCCAUCGCUGACACAAGCAUAAAACCAGGCCAUGUUUGUUCUGUUAUUGGGUUCUGUGUUGACGCAGAAGGUGAACGGCCGCGUCUGAUGGCACAACUUCAAACUGCCUUCAAACCACCAUAUUUUGGGGAUACCUUUGGGGCCCAGUGUCUGAUCUGUACCCACUUCAUUGAAACUGUGAAAGGACUCCUGCCCAAAGACGAACUCGAGGACGUUCUUAACCUGGUGCUGGGCCAGGGGUGUAACUUGCUUCCUAACACCCUUAAGGUCGAAUGUGAGAAAUCCAUCAACCUAGCCACCAAGACAGUGAUUGAGCUGGUCAUGUCCUUCAUCUCCCCUGACACCAUCUGCAGCCUCCUCCUCCUCUGCACAGACAGCUCUGUGGAGUUACCCAUCACGGAGGCAGCAUGGAUAUAGUGAAGAUGGUUUCAAAAGGACAACACUUCAGUUUUCAGGCCCUUUCCUUUUCGCAUCCUCCCCUAUGUCAGUGAUGGUGGCAUGGCAUGGAUCUCUACACAAGUGCUGACGUGAUAAUAGUGUGUGGUAUGA